GUUCGAAAGAAGAACUCACUGAAGGACUGUGUGGCAGUAGCUGGCCCCCUCGGUGUCACGCACUUCCUUAUCUUGAGCAAAACAGACAGCAGUGUGUAUUUGAAGCUGAUGCGCCUCCCGGGAGGCCCGACUUUGACCUUCCAGAUCAACAAGUACACACUGGUACGAGACGUUGUCUCUUCCCUGCGGCGACACCGGAUGCACGAGCAGCAGUUUAACCACCCACCCCUCCUGGUGCUCAACAGUUUUAGCCCCCAGGGCAUGCACAUCAAGCUCAUGGCCACCAUGUUCCAGAACCUGUUCCCAUCCAUCAACGUGCACACGGUGAACCUGAACACCAUUAAGCGCUGCCUCCUUAUUAACUACAACCCGGACUCCCAAGAGCUGGACUUCCGACACUACAGCAUCAAAGUGGUGCCUGUGGGUGCAAGCCGGGGCAUGAAAAAGCUCCUACAGGAGAAGUUUCCCAACAUGAGCCGACUGCAGGACAUCAGUGAGCUGCUGGCCACGGGUGCGGGGCUGUCGGAGAGUGAGGCGGAACCAGAUGGUGAGCACAAUAUCACAGAACUGCCCCAGGCUGUGGCUGGCCGUGGCAACAUGCAGGCCCAGCAGAGUGCCAUCAGACUUACAGAGAUUGGGCCCCGGAUGACACUACAGCUCAUUAAGAUCCAAGAAGGUGUUGGGAAUGGCAAUGUCCUCUUCCACAGUUUUGUGCACAAGACUGAGGAGGAACUGCAGGCCAUCUUGGCAGCAAAGGAGGAGAAACUACAGCUCAAGGCACAGCGUCAGAACCAGCAGGCUGAGAACUUAGAACGCAAGCGGGAACUUCGAGAAGCCCACAAGAAGAAGAGCCUGGCAGGCAUGAAGCGAGCCCGGACAAGGACAGAUGGCGACAGUGAUGCCGAGGACCCUGGGGCACCUCUAGAGGCGGUGGGGGCAGGGCGGCUGGAGGAAGAGGAGGAGGAUGACGCUGAGUAUUUUCGCCAAGCUGUGGGCGAGGAGCCUGAUGAAGACAUGUUCCCCAGAGUGGCCAAGCGGAGACGGCAGGGAGGUCCUCCAGGCAAGAAACAGCAAGAGAAGAAACAGAGGCCUGUUUCAGGCAGAGGUCAAGGUGGCAACUGGCGGCCUCCAAAACCAAAGGGUAGAUCCCAAGGAGUCAAGACCAAGCUGGGACCCAGAGCCACACGCCGCAACCUGGGGCAGCCAUCAAGAAGAACCUGAUCCUGCUUGGCAGUGGAUGGACCAUGGAUGCCCCACAUUGGGGCUUGGGAGCUGCCCUGGGCUCCAGUGCAGCCUGGUUUCCUUUCAUAAAGGAACUACCCAGUUCUCACCUCCAAUAAACCUCAACAUGGCGUUUUGA